AUGGCGGCGGCCGUGCUGCUGGCCGCCGGGCUGCGCGCGGCGCGCAGGGUGGUCGCGGUCGCGGGGCCGCCGCGGGGGCCGCAGGUCCGAGGAGCAGCAGGUGUGAAUGAUGGAAAUGAAGUGGCCAAGGCCCAGCAGGCAGCUCCUAGGGGGAAAGCCCCAACCAUCUUCUCUAGGAUCCUGGAUCGAAGCGUUCCAGCUGACAUUCUGUAUGAGGACCAGCAGUGUCUCGUGUUCCGUGACGUGGCUCCUCAGGCUCCUGUGCACUUCCUGGUCAUUCCCAAGAAGCCCAUUCCUCGGAUUAGCCAGGCUGAAGAAGAGGACCAGCAGCUUCUAGGACACCUUCUCCUUGUGGCCAAGAAGACAGCAAAGGCUGAGGGGCUGGGAGAUGGAUACCGACUUGUGAUCAAUGAUGGGAAGCUGGGAGCACAAACUGUGUAUCACCUGCACAUUCACGUACUCGGGGGCCGACAGCUCCAGUGGCCUCCAGGUUGA